AUGGCAAUUCCUGGAAACAGUAAUGCUAGCAGCUUCUUCUUCAUACUGAUGGAUCUCCCUGGACUGGAGAAUGCUCACUGCUGGACAGCUAUUCCUAUCUGUUCCAUCUAUGUUCUCUCUGUGCUGGGCAACAUCACCAUAAUGUACAUAGUCAAGUCUGUGUCCAGCCUCCACACACCCAUGUACCUCUUCCUGUCCAUGCUGUCGAUGGCUGACCUGGGUCUCUCAGCCUCUACACUGCCUUCGAUGGUAGCUGUCUUUCUCCUGGGCCAGAGGAAGAUAGGAGCUUCAACCUGUUUUUCACAACUGUUCUUCAUCCACACUUUCUCUGUCAUUGAAUCAGCGGUCCUGUUGGCCAUGGCUUUUGACCGCUGUGUAGCUAUCCAGAAGCCUUUACGCUAUGCCAGCAUUCUCACGACCAAGCGCAUCAAGGCCAUUGGGCUCACUGUUGUGACCCGAAGUGCUGUCCUGCAUCUACCCCUGCCUGUGCUCCUGGGCAGACUNNNNUUCUGUCGCUCCAAUGUGCUUUCCCACUCUUACUGCCUGCACCCUGACAUCAUAAAGCUCUCCUGCUCCAAUACCAGGAUCAACAGCAUCUUUGGGCUCUUUGUGUUGCUGUCCACCAUGGGGCUUGACUUCCUCCUCAUUCUGCUCUCUUAUGCAUUGAUUCUGAAGACUGUGCUGAGCAUCGCCUCCCACGGUGGGCGCCUCAAGGCUCUCAACACGUGCAUCUCCCACCUGUGUGCGGUGGUCCUGUUCUUCACACCCAUGAUCUGCCUGUCCAUGCUGCACCGCUUUGGCCCCAGGCUUCCCUCCCACGUCUACGUGGCCAUGGCCAACAUGCACUUCCUCAUUCCUCCCGUGAUGAACCCCAUCGUGUAUGUGGUGAAAACUAAGCAGAUUCGAGACAAAAUCCUGAAACUCUUCUUCAAACAAAGAGUAGAAAAAUCUGAAGUCAUGUUUGUAACUUAA